GUUUUUGAUGGAUAGGUGUAUGUACUAUGUAUUAGAAUUUCUGCUACACAUGGAAUAUAUAUGACGUGGUUUUAAGAAUAUCUGUGUUAUUUGAAUUAGAAUAAAAUUAAACAGCUUUAAUACUAUUUUUGAUACGUGAUUAUCAAGCAUGAAAUUGUCUCUUAACUUAGCACUCCUGCUACUAUGUUACGCAGGAGUAUCUUUCGUGAACAGUUUAGCCGUUAUGUCAGUAGAUUUAGGUUCAGAAUGGAUGAAAGUAGGAUACGUUUCACCCGGAGUACCCAUGGAAAUAGCUCUUAACAAAGAAUCUAAACGUAAAACUCCAGCCGUACUUAGUUUUAGAGAUAACAUCAGACUCUUCGGCGAAGACGCUCAAACUGUAGGCGUCAGAUUCCCCAAACAAGCAUUCAGUUACUUGUUAGAUCUAAUCGGAAAAAGUAUCGAUCAUCCUUUAGUGAAAUUAUAUCAGAAACGUUUUCCCCAUUACAAUAUAGUAGAGGAACCCGAAAGGAAAACGAUUUUAUUCAAAAUCGACGAUGAAACGUCUUUUAGCGUCGAAGAAUUGAUCGCUCAAAUGUUGGGGAAAGCUAAAGAAUUCGCGGAAGCUGGUGCGCAGCAACCGAUUAAAGAGUGCGUCUUAACGGUGCCUGGUUUCUUUAAUCAAGUGGAAAGAAAGGCUUUGUUUCAAGCUGCCGAACUUGCUGGUCUUAAGGUACUACAGUUAAUUAACGACUACACAGCGGUCGCUUUAAAUUACGGCAUAUUCAGAUCAAAAACAUUCAACGAAACCGCCCAAUACAUAAUGUUCUACGAUAUGGGAGCCUCUUCCACAACAGCUACCCUAGUCAGUUACCAAUCAGUAAAAACCAAAGAUAAGCCCUACGUCGAAAUCCACCCGCAAUCAACCAUCCUUGGUGUUGGAAUCGAUAGAACGCUGGGCGGGUUGGAAAUGCAAAUCAGACUUAGAAAUUAUUUGGCUAAGAAGUUCAACGAAAUGAAGAAGACGAAAAACGACGUUUUCAAGAAUGACAGAUCGAUGGCGAAGUUGUUUAAAGAAGCUGGACGGUUGAAGAACGUUUUGUCUGCAAACGCUGAACAUCCAGCACAAAUAGAAGGGUUAUUAGACGAGAAAGAUUUCAAGCUUCCCGUUACGAGGGAAACAUUUGAAGAAUUAUGUCAGGAUCUAUUCGAAAGAGUCAGUAGACCCGUAGAACAAGCUUUGAAAAACGCGCAUUUGACCAUGGACGUCGUCAAUCACGUGGUUCUGGUGGGUGCCGGUACUCGAGUACCGAAAGUCCAAGAGCAUUUGAAAAAAUUCGUAGGACAGGAACUUGCCAAAAAUUUAAAUACAGACGAGGCAGCGGCUAUGGGCGCCGUUUACAAAGCCGCCGACUUAAGCACCGGUUUCAAAGUUGCCAAAUUUAUCACGAAAGAUGCCGUCGUUUAUCCAGUACAGGUUACCUUUGAACGAUCCACGGAAGAAGGUACGAAACAAGUAAAACGCACCUUAUUCGGUUCGAUGAAUCCGUAUCCGCAGAAAAAAAUCAUCACUUUCAACAAACACACGAGCGAUUUCAGUUUCAACGUCAAUUACGCCGAUCUUGAAAACUUACCGGCCGAAGAACGCGAGUACUUGGGCUCGCCCAACAUAUCCGAAUACCAUUUGAUCGGCGUCGCCGACGCUUUGAAGAAAAAUACGGGCGAGAAUGUCGAAACUAAAGGUAUCAAAGCUCAUUUCACGAUGGACGAGUCCGGCAUCUUGAAUUUCGUCAACGCCGAAUUCGUCGUCGAGAAAACUAUUUCGCCUGAUGAAGAAGAAGGUACGCUGUCGAAACUAGGAAGCACUUUCAGCAAACUCUUCGGAGGCGAAGACGAAAAACCGGUCGAAGAAAAACCGGUCAAAGAAGAAUCGCCGGAAGAAAAACAAUCCGAAGAACCCACCACAGAAGAAAAACCCGAGAAAGUCGAAAAACAAAAAGACACUAAAGAAACUAAAAAACCAGUCAACGAAACCGCCAAAAACGUUACUGAAAAACCGACCAAAGAUUUGAAACCGAAAGUCGUGACAAUCAAAGAACCGAUUAAAACUAAAGAGCAACUUUUGACCGUCAACGCUUUGGAUAAAAAACAAUUUGCGAAAUCUGUAGAAAAAAUUUCUGCCUUGGAUAAACUAGAAAACGAAAUCAAUCGCAGAGCUACGGCCCUCAAUAAUUUAGAAAGUUUCGUUAUAGAAAUCCAAAAUAAACUCGACGAAGACGAAUAUUCCAAAGCCGGAAACCCCGAAGAAAUCGCAAAAAUUAAAGCAGCUUGCUCAGAAGUAUCCGAAUGGUUAUACGAUGAAGGAUCGGACGCCGACGCGGAUACUUACGAAAAGAAAUUAGACGAUUUGAAUUUGCUAACCAAAGAUUUGCUGGCGCGAGUUUUCGAACAUAAAGAACGACCCGAAGCCAUCAAAGCGCUCAAUUCCCUCCUCAAUCAUUCCUCGAACUUCCUAUUGAGCGCUAAGAACGUCACCAAGACCACCAAUCCGGAAAAAGACAUUUUCACCGACGUCGAAAUAGAAACGUUGGAAAAAUUAAUCAAGGACACCGAAGAAUGGCGGGAUAAAUCCGUUAAAGAACAAGACGCUAUUAAGAAGAAUCAACCGAUUAAAUUGACGAUUAAAUCGAUCAUGGACAAAAUGGCCGCGUUGGAUAGAGAAGUGAAGUACUUAUUAAACAAAGCGAAGCUUUGGAAACCUAAAAAAGUGGAAAAACCUGUAAAAGAAGAGAGUAAUACCACCGAAAAGACGGAAGAAAAAGAUGGCGAAAACGUCGUAGCGGAAGAGGAAGAAAAAGAAGAAGAACCGGCCACGAUAGAAGCUCCCGAAGAUAAAAAAGAUGAAAUUAAAGAUAAGAAGAUUAAAUCGGAAUCCAAGGACGACGACCAUUCGGAGUUGUAGUUAGUGAAACAAAAACAAAAAAUGGGUCGCGGACGAUUUUAAAUUCGUUUGAUCGAACGGGUUGGUUCGAAUAGCGUUCGAUCGAAAACGUUUGAAGCGAAUUGCGAAAAAUCGUAUACCGAUUGAUCGAUAGGUCGAAUAUAGAUUUAUUGAUGUAUUGAUCGAAUAUCGAUUGAUCGAAUCUCGAUUGAUGGAAUAUCGAUCGAAUAUCAAUUGACCAAAUAGAUUUGUAGAAUUGAAUGAAUAUAAAUUGAUUAAAUACAGAUUGAUCGAAUAUCGAUUGAUCAAACAUAGAUUUGUAAAAUGUCUAUUAACUGAAUAUAAAUUGAUUAAAUACAGACUGAUGAAAUAUCGAUUGAUUAAAACUCGAUUAAUCGAUUAUAGGUGGAUUAAACGUAGAUUGAUCGAACAUAUAUUGAUAGAAUUACGAUUGAUCGAACAUAUAUUGAUAUAAUUACAAUUAAAAGAACAUAGAUGGAUCGAAUAUUGAUUGGUAAAGACUCGAUUGAUCGAAUUUAUAUUGAUCGAAUAUCGAUUGGAAAGAUUCGAUUGAUCGAAUAUCGAUUGAUUGAUAAGCGAUACAAAAAAUAGAUUAAGGUUAAGUACAUUAGUUUAAGCUUUUUUUAAAAAUGAAAUUAUAAUGGUAAGAUUUCGAUGUCUAACUUAAGAUUUGGUAAUUUUUUGUGAUGUUACCAAGAAUUUCAUUUGAUAACAAGAUAAAAUACGUGAAUAAUAUAAAAAAUGAUUUAAAUGUAGUAAAACAUAGCUUAAACUAUUUUACCUAACCUGUAUGGCUUGAAGCCAUCGGGAUUAUCAUUUUUUGUGUUUUUGAUUUUCUGGUUUUCCAUCUUUCUUAUUUUUGAUCUUGUAUUUACGAUUUUCUGGUUUUUGAUUUUUGGUUUUCGAUCACCUAUAUUUCGAUCUUUUGUUUUAGAUUUUGUAUUUUUGAUCUGCAACGUUUCGAUCUUUGGUAUUAUCAACUUUCUGGUAUUCGAUUUUUUAAAAUUCGAUCUUUUGUUGUCAAUCACAUAAAAUUCGUUCUUUCGUAUUUACAAUAACUUAUAGUUCGAUUUUUGUAUUUCGAUAUUUUGUUUUGGAUUUUGGAAUUUUCCGUCUUUUUUAUUCUUGAUCUUCUGGUUAUCGAUCUUUUGUAUUUUCGAUUUUUCGGUAGCGGUCACUUACAUUUCGAAUUUAAUUUUUUCGAUCUUCUGUGUUUUUGUAUUUUAUGUUUUCGG